AUGCGUGAAUUUAAAGUAGUGGUUUUGGGUAGUGGGGGGGUGGGUAAAAGUGCUCUCACGGUUCAAUUCGUGAGCGGUUGUUUUAUGGAAAAAUACGAUCCGACGAUAGAAGAUUUUUACAGGAAAGAAAUCGAAGUGGAUAAUUCUCCAUGCGUUCUCGAAAUACUGGACACUGCGGGUGAGUAA